GGAGAAGAAAGAUGAGCCUUGUUUGUGUGACCCAAAGGGCAGUACUAGGGCCUCAAGGUAGCAGGAGCUGGCAGGCAGAAUUCAAUUCAAUCUCAAAGGAUUUUUUGUGUGGUAGUUAAUUUAAAACCAUCAGAGCUCCCUAGUAAUAGAAUGAGCUCCCCACUCCCAAAGGUGUUUAAGCACAGGCUGGAAGACCAGCUAUUGGGGAUAUUAUGUAUGAAGAGCAUGCACCAGAGAAGCAAAUGGACCAUAAUUCAGAGACUCUUCAGCCUGGCUGUACAUCAUAAUUACCUGGGGAAUUUCAAAGAUACAGAUUCUGGGGCCACAGUCCAACUUAAUAAGAAAUCUCUAAAAAUAGGGACGAAGGAUCUGCAUUUUUAGUAACAUAUCUUUUCAAUAAGCUUCCCUCCUGCUGGUGCCAACCUACUGCUGGUCACAUGGACCAGAGUUUGGGACCCUGAGCCAAAUCAUUUGUGAGAGUCUGAGGCUCUCUGACCUUGACUCUUACUAUCUUCUAACCUCUGUCUAUCUGCUCACAGCUUCUGGGAACCCAGGACUCAAGGGUACCAGGUCACUCCUCAUCCUAUCCUGAUAGAACUGACAACAGUUCUGUCUUCUCCCUUACCAGCCCCCUUUCAGGGUCCUCUCAUUUCUAGCCAUACCUUUGCCAGUCCCUGCCUGUGGAGUUCUGUAAUACUAAUGCUAACAAUACUAGUAUUAACCUCUAACGCUUGUCAUGAGCACUGAUAGCUAACAUUUCUCGAACACCUCCAAAGUGCCUGGCACUCUACUUACUGAUUUUAGUGCACAAGGAAGCGGAAUAAGGUGGUCGUUAGGAGUGUUUGCCAUGGAAUCAGAUGGUGUAGCUUCAUAUCCCUGCUCUCCCAAUUGUGAACUGGGUGAUCUUGGGCAAAUUGCAUAACUUCUCUGUGCCUCAAUUUCCUCGUCUGUGAAAUGGUGGUGAUUAUAGUAUCCACUACAAUGAGUUGUGAGGAUCGAGUGAGCAAUGCCCAUGUGGUAAGCUCUCAGUACUUUUUACCUGUUUUUAUUAUUAUCAUUGCCAUUGUUUUCUGACUGAAUCCUCUCAAAAGCCCCGUGAGGUAGGUACCCUUAUUAUCCUGAUUUCACUAAUUAUGUAACUGGAAUACAGAGAGGAUGGGUCACACAGGGUCUCCUUCCUGCUCACAAGCAGCCACUUCACCUCCAGGUAGGGAGAUGCUGCAGGUCAAGGAAUCAUAUACUCAGAUGUUCACAGGGCCCAGCUAGCAAAGCCAAUGAUGAGGUGACCCCUUAUACAUGCCCUCAGUAGGGAGAGGUGGGCACUAUGGCAAAUGACAGAGCCAUGCCCUGGCCAAAGGAAGCAGCUGCUCCUUCACUCCAGCUCCUGGUGGACUUAAAGGCAUGCUGGCCCAGGGGCCAGUUCUUUGGAUUCUUUCAGAACAGUUGGAAAUCUCUACUAUUAUGCCAAAUUUUCCCGGUUAUUAAAUACCAGAAAUUAAUUUUUUAAAUUUAAAUAUUGGGUGAAGCAAAUAGAACACUUCUAUGGGCUUAAUCUGUCCUGUGAGCUACCUGCUCUGCCAUAGCUACUAGGGGACAAUAUGAGACCCCAGGCCCCUGCAUUGAAGGAGGAUCUCCAAAGCCAGAAAGAUUUGAGAUGCUGCCUCUGGAGGCUGAUCUCCAACUGAAAUACUUCUUACAGUAGAGGUCAGAGUUCUCACCCCUUCUCCCUGACCUCCCACAUCCUCUCUGCAAAACCCUGGCCCCACCUCUGCUCUCUGUGAUUUUUUUUGUUUUCCCAUCUGUAGCCACAACUGUCCACCUCUGUGUACUUGAGGAGGCUGAGCAGCACCAGAAGGAUAUAACCAGAAUUCUCCAGCAACAUGAAGAGGAAAAGAAGCAAUGGGAACAACAGCAUAACUUCGUCUGUUCUGACUGAGACAGGAAGUCAGAUGUUAAACACAAUUCCACAGAAUUAACUACGAUUACAAGUGCUCCAGAAAGUUUAGAAUGCAAUGAAAGUACGUGAUGGAAGCUCUUAACCAAGUCUGUGGGAUCAGAGGAGACAUCUCUGAGGAAAUAACACUCAAGACAAGACUUUAAAAAUUAGUUGGUAAUGAAAAUUGAGGACUAGUUUGCAAAAUUACCAACAUGUAGUCAUCAAAUGUCAAAAAGGAGCCCUGGUGGCACAGAGGUUAAGCGCUCAGCUGCCAACCAAAAGGUGGAGAAGGAAAGGGAGCUGGAGCUUCAAGAGAAAUUGGCUGAGCAGCGACUAGUCCUGAAGGGAGAGCAUGAGGAGGCCCUGCGAGUCCUCCGAGCCGCACAUGAGCAGGAGAAAGAAGCCCUUAUCCAAUCCUCCCAGGAAGCAAAGGCAGCCCUGCAGGAGACCAUAGAUGGUCUGACCUCACAGCUACAGGCCUUUCAAGCCAAGAUGAAGAGGGCAGAAGAGUCCAUUCUGAGCCGAAACUAUAAGAAGCACAUCCAGGAUUAUGGGAGUCCCAGCCCAUUCUGGGUGCAGGAGCUGGAGAGCUUGCACUUUGUCAUCGAGAUGAAGAAUGAACGUAUUCACGAACUGGACAAGCGGCUGAUCCACAUGGAAACAGUGAAAGAAAAAAACCUGAUGUUAGAGGAGAAAAUCACCACCCUGCAACAGGAGAACGAGGACCUCCACAUCCGAGGCCGGAACCAGGUGGUUAUGUCCAGCCAUAACCACUACAUUUUCCUUGAAAAUUUAUUGAAUGAAAACAUAGUAUUCAACACAGACUUGUAAUGAAUGUAUUUUCACUCAUGUAUGUUUGUGGCCUGACUGAAUAAACACCACAGUGCAAAUGCCUCCAAAUAUAGCCAUAAACCGCUUGCUCCUUAAUACAGGGUUUUGUCUGUAUCCUAACCGUUGCUUGCAGCCGCUAGAAAACCUGAGGGGUUCUUGUUGAAGCAAGAUUCCUGCUAUGUAAAAUCAGUUGUCAUUCAUAGAAUGAAGGAGGUCUUGUGGUGGAGUUCAAAGCAGUUGAGAACUAAGGAUCAUGGGGAGCUGGGUUCCAGUUCUGGCUUUGCUGCUUGCUGUGUGACCUUGAGCAGCCUCUUCUUUCUGGGCCCCAGUUCCCCACCUGUUUGAGGAAGGUGUUGGCCGCCUAGGCCUCUUGCCAUCUAGGGCUUUAACAUUCUCUUUUCAGUGGUUGAGUCCCACAAGGAGGGAAAGGACUCUGAGAGGUAAGAGUUUAUCUUCCAGCCUCAUAGGCUCAGCACUCCCAAGGGAGGGUGCUGGGAGCUUGGCUGGUCACCACUCUGAGCCCAAGUUCUAGCUGAUGGUUCCCUAGUAGAGGGAUUUCACAAGAAGAGUAUACAUGUGUCCCAGAUAAUGGUAUAUGGGCCC